AGCAGUCGCUACGGCUAGCAGACCUACACUCACUCGUGAAGCCAUGCCUCAUUUCACUGUGGUUCCAGUGGACGAUAACACACGGUCCUGCUAUGACAGCCUUGAAGAGAUCAAUUGUGUGGACUACAGAGACACAGGGCAAGGCUAUUCUGGACAUUAUGACACUGUCAGCUGUGAUGGUCAUGGAAACCAUAAAGAAGACAGUCCUUUCUUCAGUAAUACCAAUGCAACAAAGAGGAAUGACUUCUACGAGAGGAACUUGGCUUUGUUUGAGGAGGAGCUGGAUGUUCGGCCCAAAGUUUCCUCAUUCCUCGGUCGGUUGGUCAGCUACACCAGCAUCACACAGGGAGACAUGGAGCACGAGGAAGAAGAGAAUGGAAAAUGGUGCUGGAAGAACACAACAAGGUCCACCGGUAUGAGCACCCUGAUGGGUGUCUACCUGCCCUGCCUGCAGAACAUCUUCGGCAUCAUCUUCUUCCUGCGGCUCACGUGGAUCGUGGGCAACGCUGGUGUGAUGCAGUCCUUCCUCAUUCUACUGAUAUGCUGCUCCUGUACGAUGCUAACCACAAUAUCUAUGAGUGCCAUUGCCACAAAUGGAGUUGUCCCAGCUGGAGGAGCAUACUUCAUGAUCUCGCGCUCUCUGGGCCCAGAGUUUGGGGGUGCCGUGGGGCUGUGUUUCUAUCUGGGGACAACCUUUGCUGGAGCCAUCCACAUUCUAGGUGCCAUUGAAAUCUUACUGAAAUACAUUAUCCCACAGGCAGCCAUAUUCGACCCCUCUGGUGUACAUGGAGGGCAUGGUGCCAUGCUUAAUGACAUGAGGGUCUAUGGCACACUCUUCCUCUGUCUCAUGGGAUCUGUAGUCUUUGUGGGCAUCAAAUAUGUCAACAAGUUUGCUUCCUUUUUCUUGGCUUGUGUCACUAUAUCGAUUGUGUCAGUGUUCAUAGGAACUGUGAAUUCCAUCUUUGACCCCCCAAAAUUGAUGGUAUGUAUGUUGGGCAACAGGACCUUAGUUCGAGGGUUAUUUGACACCUGCGGAAAAACAGUGUUUGUGGGCAACACCACCAUUCCCAGCAAGCUCUGGGAGAAUUUCUGUGGCUAUGAAAAUAUGAGUGAAUGUGAUGAGUACUUCACAAAGAACAAUGUGACUGAAAUCCAGGGAAUCCCAGGGCUGGCCAGUGGAGUUAUCAGAGAGAACAUGUGGAGUGCCCACCAGGGGAAAGACAGAAUCCUGGAGAAGGCUAGCUUACCCUCUCUGGAUGUCCAUGGCUCUGCAGAGAACUUCCUCAUGUACGUAUCGGCUGAUAUGACCACCUCCUUCACAGUCCUCGUUGGGAUCUUCUUCCCUGCAGUUGCAGGGAUCAUGGCUGGCUCAAACAGAUCCGGAGAUCUCAAAGAUGCCCAGAAGUCAAUCCCUUUGGGGACAAUCUUAGCUGUAACCACAACAUCUUUAGUCUAUUUCAGUUCAGUGGUGCUGUUUGGGGCUUGCAUUGAGGGGGUAGUUUUGAGAGACAAGUUUGGAGAGGCAGUGAGCAAGACCAUGGUGUUGGGGACCCUCGCCUGGCCGUCACACUGGGUCAUCGUCAUCGGAUCCUUCCUCUCCGCAGUGGGAGGAGGGCUACAGUCGCUAACAGGGGCACCCCGCCUCCUGCAGGCCAUCGCCAAGGAUGACAUCAUGCCUUUCCUUAGGGUUUUUAGGCAAGGCAAAGCCAGUGGAGAGCCAACAUGGGCACUGCUGCUGACCACAAUGAUUGCAGAGCUGGGCAUCCUGAUCGCUUCACUGGACAAAGUGGCCCCCAUUCUCUCCAUGUUCUUCCUCAUGUGCUACCUGUUUGUAAACCUGGCCUGCGCCCUGCAAACUCUCCUCUGCACUCCCAGCUGGAGGCCCAGGUUUAAAUACUACCACUGGUCUUUAUCCUUUGUGGGCAUGAGCAUGUGUCUGGCACUAAUGUUCAUGUCCUCCUGGUACUAUGCCAUCGUGACCAUGGGCAUCGCCGGCAUGAUCUACAAGUACAUCGAGUACCAGGGAGCGGAGAAGGAAUGGGGGGAUGGAAUCCGGGGCUUGUCUUUGCGUGCUGCCCGCUACGCACUUCUCCGAUUGGAGGGGGGACUGCCCCACACUAAGAACUGGAGACCACAGUUACUGCUGCUGCUGAAACUGGAUGGGGACCUCCGUGUGAAAUACCCCCGCCUGCUCACAUUUGCCUCCCAGCUGAAGGCAGGGAAGGGCCUGACCAUUGUGGGCUCAGUCAUCCAGGGCAACUUCCUGGACAGUUAUGGGGAAAGCCAGGCUUCUGUACAGACAAUCAAGGAUAUAAUGGAGACUGAGAAAGUGAAGGGGUUCUGCCAGGUAGUUGUCUCAGCUAAGGUGCGAGAAGGCAUUGCCCAGCUGAUCCAGUCAUGUGGCCUAGGUGGAAUGAAGCCCAACACGGUGGUGAUGGGCUGGCCAUAUGGCUGGAGGCAGAGUGAGGACUACCAAGCCUGGAAGACCUUCAUCAACACGGUUCGUUGCACGACGGCUGCUCACCUGGCUCUGAUGGUGCCCAAGAACGUGUCCUUCUACCCCGGCAACGAUGAGCGCUUUGAUGACGGACACAUCGACGUGUGGUGGAUAGUCCAUGAUGGAGGCAUGCUCACGCUGCUGCCAUUCCUUCUCAAACAGCACAAGGUUUGGAGAAAGUGCAAGACGCGGAUUUUCACCGUGGCCCAAAUGGAUGACAACAGCAUUCAGAUGAAAGAAGACCUGGCUGUGUUCCUCUACCACUUGCGAAUAGAGGCAGAGGUGGAGGUUGUAGAAAUGCACAACAGUGAUAUCUCAGCGUACACAUACGAGAGAACCUUAAUGAUGGAGCAGAGAUCUCAAAUGCUAAGGCAAAUGAGGCUCUCCAGUGCUGAGAGAGACAGGGAGGCUCAGCUUGUCAAGGACAGACACUCUAUGGUCCACCUAGGAGGCCUCUACACAGACAAGGAGCUGUUGGAGCAACCAGAGGAGAUAACGCAGAUGACAUGGACCAGGGAUGACCACAGCACAGAGAGGGGAAACGGGAACAAGGGGCCUGAGAGCUUCUGCAAACUUAUCAGCGUCAAGCCGGAUCACUCCAAUGUGCGGCGCAUGCACACGGCGGUGAGGCUGAACGAGGCCAUCAUCAGCAAAUCCCAUGAAGCUAGGCUGGUGCUACUGAACAUGCCCGGCCCACCUCGGGACUCAGAGGGAGAUGAGAACUACAUGGAGUUCCUGGAGGUCUUAACCGAGGGGCUGGAACGGGUGCUGCUGGUGCGAGGGGGAGGUCGGGAGGUCAUCACUAUUUACUCAUGAGGAAACCUCCAGCCACAGGGAGGCGUCGUCUGAAAAUUCAUACAACCCACCUUAGCAAAAGGACCACCCACCCUGCCGGGAGGACAGAACUACACAAGACAGUUUAAAAAAAUAAUCGUCUGGAUUAAUUCUUUGAUGGUUUUGCAAGACUUUUAAUGCAUCAUGGAAGACAGUAGUUGCAAGUGCAACUCUAGUGUAGAAUGUAGAAGAGCAUGGCACAUUUAUCCAGGUCACAGAUCAUUAACACGAGAGCUAGCUGCUUUCUUUCGCUCAGUGAAAUAAUAAAUAAAGAGUUUAUAUAAGCUAACUCAUAUGGGCAAAAUCAUUCUUAAUAUAUCAGAAAAAUCCACAACUAUAUAUUGACACGUUUGCAAUGUAUAAUGUAAAAUGAACAGGAUUUGCAUGAUUUGUGCGCAAUACCUGAAGAUAGCUGCUUAUUAUUUCAACAACCAACUGCAGUGAUGUAGUCCAUAUUUUUUUAUAGUAUCCCUUAAUAGAGAUGUGCUCCAUUAACAUCCAUAGCUGUCCAGUUUACUCAAAUAUAACUGGCAAUCCUUCACAUUAAUGUUCCUGCAAUCACUAUGCCUAUGGCCCACUGUUAAUAUCUGUAAAUAGUGGUUCUAUUAAAUUUUUUUAGAAUUAUCCAACUGCACUGUUACUAAAUAGCAAGCUGAUAAGCAAAUCAAUUACAACACGUUGUUGCAGUUAUGGUGACCGUAAAGACGUAAAUGAAAUAUGACAUUGAAAAUGAAAAACUGAAUAAUUACGUUGAAUAUCAAUGUUGGUGUUCAUGAAUAUGAUGGAUAUGGAUGAUUAAAAUGUAAUGUUUCAUGAGUCUGGUGGUACGAUUACUUAUAUUUACUACUUUCAAAUACCUUGUACUGCAGUGUCCAGAUCAAGAAAAAUG